UUUACAGCAAUGUUUACAGAGUGGUGUAAUUUAUUCAGUAACAUGACUGUUUCCUGUUUCUCCUUUCACCCCAAAUCAAGGUUCCAGUCAUCAUCAAGGAUCAAAGGAUCAAGCAGCAUCUUCAGACCAGAUGAACUCCAAGCUCACCACGAAUCAGGAGAGAGCAAUCUGCUCCCAGCUGGGAAAUUUCAAACUGAAGUUGCUCUACAAAGCCAGCAUCCAUGGUUUCACUGGAGCAGCUUUUCACCUACGCUGUGACAACCAGUAUCCCACUGUGUGUGUGGGCUACAACAACUCUGGACGUGUGUUUGGAGGCUACACCAGACGACCGUUCAGUCAGUCUGGACAGUAUGUAAAUGAUGAUCAGGCCUUUCUGUUCUCCUUCAGUGGAGAAAAGCUCAACAAAUAUCCAUGCAUUAAUGCUCCAUAUGCAGUAAAAAUGCACAGCAACUGUGGUCCUUAUUUCGGAGAAGCUUUAGUUUUUGUCAAUGCAAGCCAACCAAUAGUUUACUGUAAUCCUGGGCAGUAUUAUAACUUCAAUGCUGCAGAGAUGCACGGCAACAACCUCAACCUGACUGAGUGUGAAGUUUACCAGGUGGAAAAGACUGCUGAAAUAGUGAAACCAUGGAGACCUGUAAUCUGGGAGUCAAAGAGAAAGACCGAGCUGAUGGAGAGCAUUCAAUUCUACAAACCUUUGAACAGCUCAGUGACUCAGGCUCGGGUUUUACUUAUUGGACCUGUUGGUGCUGGAAAGUCCAGCUUCUUCAACUCUUUCAACUCCGUUUUUAGAGGUCAUGUCACCGGCCAGGCCAUGGCUGGAAGCACCUCCACCAGUCUGACGACACAGUUCAGAACAUACUCCGUGAAGGCUGGAAGAGAAGGUAAACCUCUGCCACUCGUCCUGUGUGACACCAUGGGACUGGAGGAAAACGUGGGGGCGGGACCAGAUAUAGAUGACAUCAGCAAUAUUCUUAAAGGUCAUCUGCCUGACCGUUACCAGUUCAACCCCUCUGUUCCUCUGCAAUCAGAGGCUCACGGUUUCUGCAAGAGUCCAGAUCUCAAAGACAAGAUCCACUGUGUGACUUAUGUCCUGGACGCCAGCAAGAUCUCCAUCAUGUCCACAAAGAUAGAGGAGAAGCUGAAAGCUAUCCGUAGGACUGUCAACUUGAUGGGGAUCCCUCAGCUGGUGUUGCUCACUAAAAUAGAUGAAGCCUGCGCUCUGGUGAGAGAAGACAUCAGAAAUGUCUACCAAAGUAGCUACAUUAAAGAACUGAUGCAGGAGGCCGCCGCUCGGGUCGGUGUACCUUUGUCCUGCAUCAUUCCAGUGAAGAACUACAGUGAGGAGCUGGAAUUGGACACAAACACCGACAUCCUGCUGCUCAGUGCAGUCAUUCAGAUGCUUCGCUUUGUGGAUAACUUCUUUGAUGACAUCAGUGGUCAGCUGAGCAGUGUCACAACUGGGAAGUGAAGCUUUGGCGGAAUUUCAAUCAGGAAGAUUUACUUCCUCUCAGGCAUGUAGGGUGUUUAUCGUCACUCUUCACGUCAUCAAUUAGUAUGCACUAGGCAUUAGUAUGCCAAUAGUUGAAGUACUCACUUUCUUCACAGCCAAUCACAAUCAAACUUCUGCCUUUAAAUUAAGUAAAGUUUGCUUUUUUACGCAUUCCAGACAUUGCGCCGGCCCACCACCAUCCCAUACCCAUCCUAGCUCUUCGAUUGGCACGGUCCUGCCUACCCACCAUCGGCGUCUGGGCUCUGGGUCUCUUCGUCUGGUCCAAGAGUUCCUCACUUCCUCCAACUCAUACACCUCUGCCUUGAAUGGGGGGUCUCUGUACUUGGCCCAAGGUCUUCAUUAACAUGCAAGAUUUCUCCAGACCAGAGACCAACCACCAAGACUUUUAUUUUUGUGCUAAAUGUUUCACAAAUAUUUUCACAAUGAAAUCUUUUGAAUUCCACUUUCGAGUUCUCUCCUUAUUGAAAUAAUCAUCUCUCAGAUCCCUCCUGUUGUAGAAAAACCCAAAAAGUGCAAGAUAACUCAUCAGGACUUAUGGUCACUCAAAAUAGAUAAUAAAAAACUGUUUUUAUUAUCUAAGCUAUAUAGCAAAAUUAAAAAGUAUUUUGUCUCUAUCUGACGUAGAAACUAUUAUUCUUUUUAUUUCUUCUAGUUUAGAUUACUGUAACUCUCUUUUUACCUGUUUUAACAAACGUUUGCUGAACCGUCUUCAGCUCGUCCAAAACUGCAGAAAGUCUUUUAACAGGAACCAGUAAACAGACACACAUCACUCCGCUACUGUCUGCUUUCCAUUGGUUACCCAUUCAAUUUGAAAUUGAUUUUAAAAUUUUACCUGCACUUUUUAGAGCCUUGCAUGGUACAGCGUACAUCUCUGACCUUUUAACCCCAUACUCUUCAGCCCAAUCCUUGAGGUCUUCCAACCAAAAUCUGUUAAACAUUCCAAAAACCUGCUUUAAGACUAGAGGAGAUGUCUCCUUCCAAGCUCCUUGUCUUUGGAAUUCCCUCCCAUUGCAAUUGCUCCAGAUUGACUGUUAAGUUUUUUUAAAUCCCAAUUCAAGCAGUUUUUUGUUCAGGAGAGCUUUUAGUUGAUUUUAGGCCUUGUUUUACUAUGUCUUACUGUGUUUUUAGUUAUUUUAUAAUUGGUUUUUAUUACUUCUCUGUGUUUUGACUUGAUUCUAUGCUCUUUUUGUAAAUCAGUUCUACUGUAUUCUAUUCUAUUCUGUUUUUUUCUAUGGUCCCAGGAUGAAAAUAUCUUGCUGGACCACAAAAAUGAAAACUUUGAAUAUUAAGAGUACAAACAAUUCCUUUUUUUGAAUUCACUUAGUUGUAAUGUCAAAUUGACUAAAGUUGAAUUACAAAGUUAUAAAAUCUGUCAGUUGCCUAAUUGUGACAAAUACUGUACUCAUAGUUAAUUAUCAUUCUGUGGUCUUUUUCUUUGAAAGUGGAAGAAGUAAACUGACAAAUAAAUCCCAAUCUUCUGCUUGUUAUUAAAGACAAACAAAUAAAGUGCCAUGUUGCUGGAAAUGAGUGUUUACCUUCUGUUCCUGAACUUUAAGCAGUAUCAAGCAGACCUUUUGUCAUUUCCAGCUUAAUUUUCAAAGCUCAGAAUUCCUCAGACGAGGUCAAAGAUCUGCUGUAAGUUUGUCAA